AUGAUUAUACGAUUGAUUUUUGUGCUCGCCGCUUUAUGGCACACGACGGACUCGAGCGCGAGACAGGCGACGUUUCAUUCUGUUCAAGUCGAUUCGCCGCCGUCGAUACGCUCGCGAAUCGUGUCCGCCUCGGUGAACACCGCCUCAUCGGUGUGCAACGAAAACGAUUUUCGGUGCAACGAUGGAAAAUGCAUAAGGAAUGAGUGGAAAUGCGACGGUUCCGGCGAUUGUUCGGAAGGCGAGGACGAGAAGGAUUGCCCGCAUCCCGGCUGCAAGUCGGACCAAUGGCAAUGCGACACCUAUCAAUGGCACAGCGUCUCGUGCAUCGCCGAAUACCAACGUUGCGACAACAUCACCGAUUGCGCCGACGGCUCCGACGAGAAGGAUUGCCCCGCCUCGCCCAUCGACUGCAGCGCGUCGAAUGUGUUCAUGUGCGCCGACGGCCGCCAAUGUUUCGACAUGUCGAAGAAGUGCGACGGCAAAUAUGAUUGUCGCGAUCUGAGCGACGAGAAGGACUCGUGCUCGCGCAAUCACACCGCCUGCUUCCAAUAUCAAUUCCGUUGCGCCGACAAGACGCAAUGCAUCCAAAAGUCGUGGGUGUGCGAUGGUUCGAAAGAUUGCGCCGAUGGUUCCGACGAGCCGGACACUUGCGAAUUCAAAAAGUGCACCGCCAACGAGUUUCAGUGCAAAAACAAACGAUGCCAGCCGCGCAAAUUCCGCUGCGACUACUACGACGAUUGCGGCGACAAUUCCGACGAGGAGGAGUGCGGCGAGUAUCGCUGUCCGCCCGGCAAAUGGAAUUGUCCCGGCACCGGGCAUUGCAUCGACGAGCUCAAACUCUGCGACGGCGCCAACGAUUGUCGCGACGGCGCCGACGAGCUCAAGUGCACACAGAAUUUGUGUCCGUCGCUCGGCUGCCAGGCGGGAUGUCAUCCGUCGCCGCACGGCGGCGAGUGCACAUGCCCCAGCGGCUAUAAGCUCGAUGAGCGAUUCAAACGCACGUGCUCGGAUAUCAAUGAAUGCGCCGAAUUCGGCUAUUGCGAUCAGUUGUGCGCCAAUCAUCGACCGGGAUUCACAUGCUCGUGCCUCGGCGACUGCUACACUCUUCAGAUGGACCACGGUCCCGGCAAAGACAACCUCACAAUGCGCGGCUAUUGUGUGUCGAACAACGCCGACAAGAUGCGAUUGUUUGUCGCGCGACGCGAGGGCCUCUAUCGCCUCAAUCCGAGGGAUCAGAGCGAGGCGCCGAAGAAGCUCGCCACCGGCGAGUUCAUCUACGGCAUCGAUUUCGAUUAUGGCGAUCGCAAGGUGUUCUGGACGGAUCGACUCGCGCAUUCGGCGUUCAGCGCCGACGUCGACGACGAGGGCGAAAUUUCGCAUAUCAAAAAAUUGAGCCUAAAAUCAUUGGUGUACCCAAGAAGUUUGGCGGUCGACUGGAUCACCAACACCCUCUACAUUAUCGAAUCAGGAUCGCGACGAAUCGACGUCUCAUCAUACGACGGCGAUCGGAGAACGGUCCUGCUCGCCGAUGGGCUCACAUUGCCGUUGGACGUGGCUCUUGAUCCACUCAGAGGUGAGAUGUUCUUCACGAAUCAGCUGAAACUUGAAGGCUGCGCGAUGGACGGCUCGAAUCGUCGGGUGCUCAUCGAGACGCACACGCAUCAAGUGUCGGGCAUCGUCGUCGACAUCGCCGCGAAACGCGUCUACUGGGUCGAUCCGAAAGUCGAUCGACUCGAGAGCAUCGACUAUCAGGGCAACGAUCGGCGAAUCGUCGCGCAGGGCAUGAACACGGUGCCGCAUCCGUUCGGUUUGGCGAUAUUCGAUCAGAACCUCUAUUGGACCGACUGGACGCGUCUCGGCGUCGUUCAAAUCGAGAAGUUCGGCUCGCCGACGAGACUGUUGUGGUCGAACACGGAGAACAACGUGUUCCCGAUGGGCAUCGCCGCCUAUCAUCCAAUGUCGCAGCCGGGGCCCGGCCAGAGCGAAUGUCUCGCGAUGAAAAUCGAGAAUCCGUGCGUCAACUCGGAAUGCGAAGGCAUGUGCAUAUUGUCGAAGGACGUCGGCGGUUUCGGCGUCGGCUACAAAUGCGCGUGUCCGAUCGGCCAGAAGCUCGUCAACGGCAAACGCUGCAUCGACUCGAUCGACUAUUUGUUGUUCUCGAGCAACAAAAUCGUGCGCGGCGUUUUUCCCGAGAUUCGCGAGAACGCGUUGGCCGAAGCGGUGCUGCCGAUCUCGCCGAUCUCGCAACGACGAAUCGGAAUGUACUUCGAGGUCGAAUGCGACGUUCACGGCAAUUCGUUCUUCUACGCCGACAUCAUGGACAACACCAUCUAUCGGAUUCGACCGGACGGCGAAGGAUCGGCGCCGGUGCUCGUCACCCACAACGACGGCUUGUUCUCGAUGUCGUUCGAUUGGAUCAGCAAGCAGCUCUACUAUGUCGACAACAUUCGGAAUAGUUUGGAGGUGAUCAAGAUCGGCGAGACCGGCCUCGUCCAUCCGGAUGAGCUUGUUCGCCGCCAACUCAUCUCGGAGCUUCGCGAUCCGGUAUCGGUGGUGGUCCAUCCGUGGAAGGGCAUCCUCUUCUACGCGGAAGCGAUGCGACCGGCGGCCAUCUAUCGUUGCCAUAUCGACGGCACCCAUUGCAUGACGAUUCGGAAUGUGUCGUUGGGACGACCGUCGGAGAUGGUCAUCGAUUUCGCCGAGAAUCGCUUAUGCUGGGGCGACACGCUUCUCCGUUCGAUCUCGUGCAUGGAUUUCGACGGCACGAACGUCAAACAGCUCAAUGUCGAUGCGCCGAUUCCGGUGGCGUUGGCGAUCAUGGGCGACUACAUGUAUUACGUCCAUCAGCGGCCGUACUCGAUUCGACGCGUCCACAAAAAGAAUGGCGGCGGCGCGAAGGUGAUUCGCGAGUUCGGCGCCGAAGAGCGAUCGAUAUUCUCGCUCAAAGCGUGCUCGCAUCAGAAUCAGCCGAUUCCCGAUGACUCGAGAGAGCAUCCGUGCCGAGCGUCGCAGUGCACACAGCUCUGUUUCGCGACACCGUCGGAAUCGAAUCCGAGUCAGCUGGAGGCGAAGUGCGGUUGUCGGCAGGGAUUCAAGAUCAAUCCCGACAAUCAGCACUCGUGCCAAAAGGACACUUCCGAGCCGAUUGAGCCGUUGUGCACGUCGAACUCAACGCAAUUCUUGUGCAAAAACGGCCGCUGCAUUCCGAAGGAGUGGCGUUGCGACGGCGAGAACGAUUGUCUCGACGAGUCGGACGAGAUCGACGACAACGGCAACAAGUGCUAUCACGAGACGGAGUGCGCGGAGAACACGAUCAAGUGCAAAAACACGAAGAAAUGCAUUCCGGCGCAGUACGGAUGCGACGGCGACAAUGAUUGCGGCGAUUAUUCGGACGAGGACGUUCAGUAUUGCAAAGACGGCCAGAAGCCGGUGUGCUCGGCGAAGAAGUUCCAGUGCGACAAUCACAGAUGUAUUCCGGAACAGUGGAAAUGCGAUAGCGACAAUGAUUGCGGCGAUGGUUCGGACGAGAAGCUUGAGAUGUGCGGCAACGCGACAUGCGCCGCCAAUCAGUUCUCGUGCGCCAACGGCCGAUGCAUUCCGAUCUAUUGGCUGUGCGACGGCGACAACGAUUGCUAUGACGGCACCGACGAGGACAAAGAGCGCUGUCCGCCGGUGCAAUGCUCGGCGAUGCAGUUCCGAUGCGCCAGCGGUAGGCAGUGCGUCUCGUUGCGCAAUCAUUGCGACGGGCAGAACGAUUGCGAGGACGGCUCCGACGAGGACUCGUGCACGAUACAACCGGAAGCGUGCACGUCGGACCAGUUCAAAUGCGUCUCGUCGGGCAUCUGCAUUCCGGCAUCGUGGAAAUGCGACGGUCAACUGGAUUGCGACGACGGAUCCGACGAGCCGAAGAUUGGCUGCUCGUCGGCCAGACAAUGCAAGUCGGAUCAGUUCAAGUGCGCGAAUGGCAGAUGCAUUCUGAAUAAUUGGGUGUGCGACGGCGAGAAUGAUUGCGGCGAUGGUUCGGAUGAGUCGGCCGAUCGCGGAUGCAAAAACCCGCUGGCGAUGGUGAAGCGCUGCCCGUUCGAGCACGUCGCGUGCGAUCAGAAUCCGGAGGUCUGCAUUCCGCUUCAUCAACUCUGCGACGGCAAACGACACUGUCCCGGCGGCACCGACGAGGGCGGACGAUGCGCGCGCGAUCUGUGCACGUCGGAUCGCGCCGGAUGCGCCUACAAGUGCCACAAUUCGCCGAACGGCCCGAUUUGCAGUUGUCCGUUCGGUGAGCAGCUAGUGAACAAGACGCGAUGCGAGCCGGAGAACGAGUGCCUCGAUCCGAGUAGCUGCUCGCAAAAGUGCACCGACGAGAAGCACGGAUUCACGUGCUCGUGCGACGACGGCUACAUUCUGGACGCCGACAAACGCACGUGCAAAGUCGCCGCCAAUCUGCACGACAUGCGAAUCUAUGUGUCGAAUCGGAAUCGCAUCUAUUGGAGCGAUCACAAUCUUGAGAAUUGGCGAACGUUCGGCGCGUCGGUGGAGAACGCGAUCGCGAUUGCUUGGGAUAGCGUGAGCCAGCGGAUCUACUGGUCCGACAUUCGCGAGAAGAAGAUCUUCUCGGCGGAUCGGAACGGUACGAAUGUCAAGGUGUUCAUCGGAACCGGUCUCGACAUCACCGAGGGAAUCGCUCUCGAUUGGGUCGGACGCCAUCUCUAUUGGGUCGAUUCGUCGCUGAACACCAUUGAGGUGGCGAAUCUCGAUGGUCCCACUCAUCGAACUCUAUUGAUUCAUCACAACGUGAGUCAGCCGCGAGGAAUCGCCGUCGAUCCGCGAAAAGGAUUGUUGUUCUGGACCGAUUGGGGACAGAAUCCGUGCAUCGAGCGCGCUUCGAUGGACGGCGCCGAUCGCAAGAUCAUUGUCAACACCAAGAUCUAUUGGCCGAACACGAUCGCGUUGGACUACACGACGGAUCGUUUGUAUUUCGCCGACUCGAAAUUGGACUUCAUCGAUUUCGUCAACUACGACGGAAGCGGUCGCACUCAGGUGCUCGCCUCGCCGAAGUUCGUCCAACAUCCGCACGCGUUGGCGAUCUUCGAGGACAUGAUGUACUAUUCGGAUCGACGCCUUCAACGCCUUCAGGUCUAUCCGAAAUAUCCCAACGGCACGACGACCGAGUAUCCGAGUCAUACGUUCAGCAAAGCGCUCGGCGUCGUCGCCGUCCAUCCCGUCCUUCAGCCGGUCAUCAGCAAUCAUGCGUGCGCUUCGAGCCCUUGCAGUCAUAUAUGCCUUCUCAAUAAUAAGAAUAGCUUCACUUGCAAAUGCCCGAUGGGAAAACGACUCGACGGAACUGGAAAGCAGUGCGUCAAUGAUCCGAAGCCGUUCUUGGUGCUGAUUCAGAAGAACAACAUCUUCGGUAUCGAGAUGAACAAACCCGCGGAUGACACCACGCCACUGCUCUCCGGAAUGGUCCCAUUGUCGGGAUUGGGCAACGCGUUCGACGCUGCCUACGACGCCAUCUCAUCGGAGAUGUUCAUUCUCGAGCACACCAACGUGGCGAAGACGCUGGCGCAAGUCUCGACGGACGCCGACAUCUAUCGAACGGGAGUGUUCGAUGGAAAUCGGACGCGAAUGUUCGCCUCGUCGGUGCCCGAUGACGCCUAUUGCCUUGGGUUCGAUUGGAAUGGACGCAACUUGGUUGUCGGCAACAAGGUCUCGCAAACCAUUGAGCUUGUUCGCACCGACGGCACCCAGUAUCGAUCGGUGAUCUUGACUAAUGAUCAAUCGCCGACGGCGGUGGUCACGCCGGUGUCGAUUGCCGUCGACUCGGACAAAGGCUAUGUGUUCUGGUUGGAUCGGGGCGGUGGCGCCGCCGACGCGAAAGUCGCAAGAGCCGGAAUCGACGGAAGCAAUCCGUUGGUGAUCGCCAGCAACGAUCUCGCCGAACUCGAUCAUAUUGUGUUGGACACGACGAAUCAGGUCGUCUACUUCUCCGAAGCCAAAGCUGGACGGAUCUCAUCGGUGACCUAUGAUGGUCAGGAUCGCCACUAUGUGUUGAAUGAUGGCGGACGACAGCCGAAUGGAUUGGCGUACUUUGGCGAUCGAUUGUUCUAUUCCGAUACGGCGUUCGACUCGGUGGAAGUGGCAACGAUCACCGGCGAUGGUCAACCGCCGCAAUGGACGCACUUCAAGAAGGACGUCGAGAAUCUCGUCAACAUCAAGGUCCUUCAACCGCGCCCGUCUACCAGCGGCCAUCCGUGCCACACCGACAACGGCAAUUGCGCGCACAUCUGCGUUCCGUUGAUGUUCGCCCAGCGGACCUGCAUGUGCGCCAAUGGCUACUCGAAAGACGGACAGACCGGAUGUAAACUGUAUGACGAGUCGUUCAUCAUUGCCGCGACGAAGACCAAAGUCACCGGCUAUCCGAUUGACGAGACCAAAUCCAAGGGUGUCGCGAUGGAGCCGAUUGGCGGUGUGUCGAUCACCUCGAUCGACUACGAUUAUGAAUCGAAGACGAUCUACGUGGCCGAUGCUUCCGGUGUCAACAAGGGCAUCACGGCGUACACGAUCGGCGAGGCGUCGCCGCGCGCUGUCAUUCGCGAUUUCGUCGGCAAUAUGGUUGUGAAGAGUCUCGCGAUCGACUGGAUCAAUUACAAUCUCUACUUCAUCAAUCAGGACGCGGAGAAGACGAACAUUGAGGUGUGCAAACUCGACGGCGAGCAUCGCAAGAUCUUGAUAAGCACGAAGACGGAGACACCGACGUCGAUUGCCGUCGAUCCGGUGGCGCGCUAUUUGUACUGGGCCGAUCAGGGACAGAAGCCGACGAUUCAGCGCGCGUUCCUCGACGGAUCACGACGCGAGGUGAUUGUGUCGUCGGGCAUCGCCGAACCGACCGAUAUCAUUGUGGACGCGGCGAGUCGAAUGAUCUAUUGGACCGACGCCAAGAUGGAUGGAAUCUAUCGGGCGAGAAGCACCGGCGGAACACCGGAACUGGUUCGAACGGACAUCGCGUCGGCCGCCGGCAUCGCCAUCCAUCAUCAGAACAUGUACUGGACCGACAAUCGGCUCGAGAAGCUGUUCAAGGCGACGUCGAAGCCGAACCAGACGUCGCUUCUGCUGUCGCCGACGACAAUCGCCGCUUCGCUCAAGGACAUCGGCGAUGUCGCCGUGUUCUCGGCGACGAAUCAGCCGAAAUCGAGCUCGCCUUGUCAGAUCACCGACAAUCUGCGCAAGAGCCCGUGCACACAGUUGUGUUUCGCCACGCCCGGCACACAGACGCCGACGUGCGCGUGCGCGCGCGGCGUCCUCAAAGGACGAAGUUGCGAGGAGCCCGACACGUAUUUGAUGUUCACCAACGACGAUCGCAUCGUCGACACGCCGAUCGAGCCCGACGUGAAGGCGUCGCGACCGCUGAAAGAGGCGUUCCCCGAAAUCGACGGACUUCAGACGUUCGACGUCGACGUGAACUUGAGACGAAUCUACUAUGUCGCCGAGAGUCCGAUGGGCGUGAACAUCUCGUGGUUCUCGAUGAACAAUGCCGACAAUCCGCGAUUGGUGUUCGGUCCUGGGAAGCAGAAGCACGCCGCUGAAAUCCGACACAUUUCGGAUAUGCGACUCGAUUGGCUGACGCAGAAGAUCUACUUCACCACGGGACGAGGCGGAAAAGUAAUGACGGUGGACAUUGCUGGCGAUCAUCUGGCGACAGUGGCCACCGGCGAUUGGACGUAUGCGCUGGCGAUUGAUCCGUGCAGCGGACUGCUGUUCUGGUCGGAUAGCGGCUACAAGACGAGCGGCGGAUUGUACGAGCCGCGAAUCGAGCGCUCGAAUCUCGCCGGCGGCAAUCGCAAGGUGAUCGUGUCGGAAUCGGUGUCGCUUCCCGCCGCCAUCGCCGUCGACUUCCGCAAUCAGAUGAUCUAUUGGGCCGACGUGAAUCGGCUCAACAUCGAGGUGGCCGAUUACAACGGUCAGAAUCGCAAGAUCGUCGCGUCGGGAUACCGCGCCAAGUCGCUGGAUCUUUGGGAUCGUUGGCUCUAUCUAAGCGAUCCGUUGAGUAACGGCGUGUUCCGAAUCGACAAGGAAGCGGGCUCGUCGCUCGAGUCGGUGGUGUCGGAUCGACGCAUUCCGGGCGCGUUGCGUGUGUUCGCCAGCGAGUCGGACAUUCGCACACGCAAUCAGGUGUGCAACGCGCUGACGACACAAUUGUGCAAGAACGACAACGGCGGUUGCGAUCAGCUGUGCACGGUGAUCGCCGACGACAUCGGAUUGGCGGCGAGCAAGGUGCAGUGCACGUGCAACGACACCUACGAGCUCGUCCAGCAGCCCGGCAAGGACUAUCCGACGCAGUGCGUCCUGCGAACCGAACAAUCGAAAGAGUGCCUACCGCCGUACAACUUCCAGUGUGGCGACGGCGCGUGCAUUCUUCUCGGCGCCACUUGCGACUCGAAGCCCGAUUGUGCCGAUGCCAGCGAUGAGAAUCCAAACUAUUGCAAUACACGAACGUGCCCUGAAGACUAUCAUUUGUGCACGAAUCGGCGAUGCAUCGACGCUGCGAAGCGAUGCAAUCACAUCGAUGAUUGCGGCGACUCGUCGGACGAGCUCGACUGCCCGAGCGCUGUCACGUGUGCCGAAGGCACGUUCCCGUGCUCCAACGGCCAUUGCAUCAAUAUGACGAAGGUGUGCGACGGACACAAUGAUUGUCACGACGAGCAGGUGUCGGACGAGUCGUCGGCGACGUGCCCCGGCUUGCCGAUCGAUUGUCGCGGUGUGAAGAUUCGAUGUCCGAACACGAACAUCUGCAUUCAGCCGGCGGAUCUUUGCGACGGCUACGACGAUUGCGGCGACAAGGCCGAUGAGAAUCAGUUGUUCUGCAUGAAUCAACAAUGCGCUCAACACUACGUUCGAUGCCCGUCGGGUCGAUGCAUUCCGGAGACGUGGCAAUGCGACGGCGACAACGAUUGCUCGGAUGGUUGGGACGAGACGCACACGAAUUGCACGGACGCCAACGGCAAAAAGAUAUGCGUCGGCGACUAUCUGUUCCAGUGCGACAAUCUCAAGUGCAUCUCGCGCGCGUUCAUCUGCGACGGCGAGGACGAUUGCGGCGACGGGUCCGACGAGCACACGCGGCACGGUUGCGGCAAUCGCACGUGCACCGAUCAGGAGUUUCAUUGCGCGUCGAACGCGAAACUCGCUCAGCCGAAAUACGAGUGCAUUCCGAAGGCGUGGCUGUGCGACGGCGACGUGACGUGCGCCGGCGGCGAGGACGAGUCGUCGGAGUUGUGCAAGACGGAGAAGAAGGAGUGCAACAAGGGCGAAUUCCGGUGCGCCAAUCAGCACUGCAUCCAUUCGUCGUGGGAGUGCGACGGCGACAACGAUUGUCUCGACGGCUCCGACGAGCACGCCAAUUGCACGUAUUCGGCGUGUCAACCCGACUUUUGGCAAUGCGCCAAUCACAAAUGUGUGCCCAACUCGUGGCGAUGCGACGGCAACGACGAUUGCGAAGAUGGUUCCGAUGAGAAGAAUUGUCCCAAAGAUUCGGCGAUCGGCCAGAAGGCGUCGAAAUGCGCCGCCGGACAGUAUCAGUGUAAUUCGGGCGAGUGCAUCGACGACGCCAAAGUUUGCGAUCAGAAUUUCGAUUGCGCUGAUCGAUCGGACGAGAGUUCGCUUUGCUUCAUUGACGAAUGCUCGCUGGCCGAGAAGCCGCUAUGCGAGCAAAAGUGCAUCGACAAGAAGAUCGGCUACAAGUGCGAUUGUUUCGAAGGGUUCGCCAUUGAUCUCACCGAUCAGAAGAGCUGCCAUAACGUCAACGAAUGUCUCGAAGGCAUCUCGGGAUGCAGUCAGAAGUGCGACGACAAAAUCGGCUCGUACAAAUGCUCGUGUGUUGAUGGCUAUCAACUCGCGCGCGACGACAAGAGCUGCAAGAGGCUCGACAACGAGCCGGAGCCUUACAUGCUGUUGGCCAACAAGCACUACAUUCGCAAGAUCUCGAUGGAUGGUGGAACGUAUGAAUUGGCGGCGCAGGGAUUCGACAACGUCGUCUCGCUCGACAUCGACAUUGCGAAUAAGAAGGCUUAUAUGAUUGAUCAAGGAAAAUUGAGGCUUCUUCGAGUUGAUCUUGAUGAUAUGGAUGGUCCGAUAUCGUCCUAUGAGACCGUGCUUCGUCACAACGUCUACGGAACUGAAGGAAUCGCUGUGGAUUGGAUUGGCAAGAAGCUCUACAUGCUGAAUCGGCAGGAGAGAUCGAUACGCGUGUGCGAACUCGACGGCCGAUUCUGUCGAACGCUGAUACGCGAUCGACUUCAGCAGCCGAAGGCGAUCGCCGUCCAUCCCGGCAAAGGGUACAUGUUCUUCACCGAAUGGUCCCUUCAGCCGUAUAUCGGACGAAUGGGACUCGAUGGAUCGCCGGAGCUCGCCGAUCCGAUUUUCAAGCUCGCCGAGAAUGAUCUCGGAUGGCCGAACGCGAUCGCGAUCGACUAUUUCGCCGAGAAGCUCUUCUGGGGCGACGCGCAUCUCAACGAGAUCGGCUUCAUGGAUUUCGAUGGAAAUGGACGACGUCACAUUCCGGCGCAGCGGACGAGCCAUGUCUCGUCGAUGGUCGUCUUUGACGACUUCUUGUACUGGUCGGAUUGGAAUCUUCGCGAGGUGAUCCGUUGCGACAAAUGGUCGGGCCGAAACGAGACGGUGCUGAAGAAGACGGUACAGCUGCCCAACGAUCUGCGCAUCAUUCAUCCGAUGAGACAGCCGGCGUAUCCGAAUCCGUGCGGCGACGACAACGGCGGAUGCUCGCAUCUGUGCCUCAUCGGCGCCGGUGGCAACGGAUACACGUGCGCGUGUCCCGAUCAAUUCGUGCUACUCACCGAUCAGAAGACGUGCGAGCCGAACUGCACCGAGCGGCAAUUCGCGUGCGGCGGCGACGACGCCAAAUGCAUUCCGAAAUUGUGGUAUUGCGACGGCGAGCCGGAUUGUCGCGACGGGUCCGACGAGCCCGGCGAGAGCAUCUGCGGUGUGCGCAUUUGUCCCGUCGGCGAGUUCCAGUGCGCCAAUCACAAUUGUACGCGACCGUUCCAAAUUUGCGACGGCAACGAUGAUUGCGGCGACGCGUCCGACGAGCAGAAUUGCGACAAGCCAUGCGAUCCGUGGAUGUUCAAGUGCGCCGCGACGGGCCGAUGCAUUCCGAAGAGGUUCACGUGCGACGGCGAUGAUGAUUGCGGCGAUCGGUCGGAUGAGGCCGACGCGAUUUGCAUGAAUCCGGCGCGCAAUUGCACCGCCGAAGAAUUCCGCUGCAACAACAACAAGUGCAUCGCGAAGGCGUGGCGUUGCGACAACGACGACGAUUGCGGCGAUGGGUCGGACGAGACGCCGGAUUGCGCGCAGGUCGAAUGCAAGCGCGGUUGGACUCGCUGCGGCUCGUCGUACCGAUGCAUUCCGAACUGGGCGUUCUGCAACGGCCAAAACGAUUGUCGCGACUUCUCCGACGAGGACAAACAACGAUGUCCGUCGUGCGACGACGUCGGCGAAUUCCGAUGCGCCACGUCGGGCAAAUGCAUUCCGAAGCGUUGGAUGUGCGAUUCGGAGAACGAUUGCGGCGACAAUUCGGACGAAUUGGAUCCGAGCUGCGAGGGCACCUCACGACCGUGCUCCGAGUCGGAAUUCCGGUGCAACGACGGCAAAUGCAUUCCGGGAAGCAAAGUGUGCGACGGCACAAUUCAGUGCUCCGACGGGCUCGAUGAAUCGCAGUGCACACUGCGCAAAUGUCUGCCCGGUCAUCGGCAAUGCGACGACGGCACAUGCAUCGCCGAGCACAAAUGGUGCGAUCGCAAGAAGGACUGUCCGAACGCUUCCGACGAGCUCCACUGCGAGGACGUCACUCGGCGUCAGUGUUCGCCGUUCGAGUUCGAGUGCGCCAACUCGGUGUGCAUUCCGCGCAAGUUCAUGUGUGACGGCGACAACGAUUGCGGCGACAAUUCGGACGAGACCAACUCGGAAUGCCGAAACGCGCAAUGCGAUCCGCCGUUGCGAUUCCGAUGCGCCCAUUCGCGUUUGUGUUUGAACAUCCUUCAACUCUGCAACGGCUUCAAUGAUUGCGGCCCGAACGACUUCUCCGAUGAGCAUCUCUCGAUGUGCUCGAGCUUCUCCGAGUACGGCGAUUGCACGUCGGAUCAAUUCAAGUGCGCCAACGGCAAAUGCAUCAACGGCACACUGGCGUGCGACAUCAAAGACGACUGCGGCGACGCUUCCGAUGAGAUCGGAUGCUCGAAAGCCGGCAAGCGGACCUGCGAGCAGUUUGGCAACAACGGCGGAUGCAAGCACAUCUGCACCGACAUUCGCGACGGCUUCUAUUGUCAUUGCCGCGACGGAUUCCGACCGAAUCCCGAUGAUCCCAAGGAUUGCAUUGACAUCGACGAGUGCGCUGGCAACAACACGUGCACACAACUCUGCUUGAACACGAAAGGCUCGUACCUGUGCCGAUGCCACGAGGAUUAUGAGAACAAUGUGAUUGUGGGAUCGAUGACCGGCAAAGAUUGUCGAGCCAAAGGCGAAGCGGCGAACAUUAUGAUCGGCGCCGAUUCGACACUCGUCCAACUAUCGCUUCAUGGCGGCGGAACGAAUCGGCACGCGGCGGCCAAAGCGAAUGACGAUGACAACGACAUCAUCGGAAUGGCGUACGAUCCGAGACGCGAGCUGAUGUUCUGGAUUGACGGCGAUGAGAAGACGAUCUAUCGAUCGGCGAUCGCCAAGGGCAAUCAGAGUCAUGAGGGUCAGAAGCUCGAUUUGGACUUUGCCGGACUUGGCGUUGUGCCGACGGCGAUCGCGUCCGAUUAUACGACAGGAAAUUUGUUCAUCACCACCGUCGCCGAGAAUAUUGAUGCGAUAUUGCCGGCGGCGCGGCGACGCAAGCGAAUGUCGGAGCCGAUCGAUAAUCAGAACACCGGAGCGGUUUACAUCUGCCUGCCCGAUGGACGAUACUUGCGCAAAAUCGUUGGCGGCCACCUUCAGCAGCCGACGGCGAUUGUGACGGCACCGGGCGCCGGUCGCAUUUGCUACGCCGACGCCGGUCUUCACGCGAAAAUCGAGUGCGCCGACAUGGACGGCACCCAUCGGCAGAUCAUUGUCAAAGAUCUCGUCUUCUCGCCGACGUCGAUGGCUGUCGAUGAGGGCAAAGGCAAUCGCAUCUACUGGGCGGAUCCCAAGUAUCGACGUGUCGACUCGGUGAACAUUGAUGGAAGCGAUCGGCAGAAUGUUGUGCACGACAAGAACAUUCCGUACGCGAUCGAUGUGUUUGAGAACAAUGUCUACUGGCUGAGUCGGGAGACGAAGACGCUUUAUGUGCAGGACAAAUUUGGACGCGGUCGCGUUUCGGUGUUGGCGUCGGACCUCGAAGACGGGCAUGUGGUUCGCGUGAAUCAUAAGUUCGCCAAAGACACACAACGAUUGACGAGCGGAUGCGAGCGAGCCUCAUGCUCGCAUAUUUGCGUCACGCUUCCCGCCAACGGAUUUGCGUGCUUGUGUCCGGAUAAUGUGUUCCCGCAAAUGGAUGGCUCGUGCGCGACGCGACACGUUGAAGCGCUCACACUGCCGAAGCAGUGUCGAUGCACGAACGGCGGCAAGUGUCGAUUGGACGGCUCGUGCGAGUGCACGUCCGACUUUGAGGGCGAGAACUGCGAGACGGAAUCGAGUGUGAGCCGCAAACUCAUCGGCCGACUCUCCGGCAAUCUGCUCAUGUCGCUCCUCGUGCUUCUCGCGCUUCUCGGCGCUCUCGGACUCAUCGGAUUCGUUGGAUUGAAUUUGUAUCGAAAGCGGCAGCUCAUGUCGAAGAAGAAUGAGGCGGCCGACGGAAGUGUGUCGUUCCACGGCAACGUGAUCUCGUUCAGCAAUCCGGUGUUGGAGUCGAAAUCGGAGUCGAGUCCGGCGCAGGAGUACAGCAUGCAGCAGAUGACGUCGGCGCAAGACGAUUCGACGACGUUCACGAAUCCGGUGUAUGAUCUUGAGGACGUCGACAUGUCGAGCCCGCAACCAUCGACGUCGGCCGCCUCGGAGCCGUCGACGUCGUCGCCGCCGCCGCCGCCGCCGAUUCUCGCCGCCACCUCGUUCACACCGCCGACGUUCGAAGAAGAAAUUCGCCUGUCGGACGAGGUGAUCGCACCCAAGGCCGACAUUGUGGUGAAGCCGCCGGUGCCGGCGAGACCCAAAAAGGAGGGCCACGCGUUGCGCGUCGACAACCCACUUUAUCAGAAUGACGAGGUCUCCGAUGUCUAA